GUUUUAAAGCAACAAAGAAGACUGAGAAAUGGGGAUCCAGAGAAAAUGGGGAGGAACUCAAAUGGGCAAAUUAUAUUUUGCAAAUAGUAAGCAUGGUGUUAACUUAAUUGCCGAUAAAUACCAAAAGGAGAGAAAACAAAUAUAAAAUCUCAAAGAAUGAUAGAUGUCCAUUAUACGCCUUCAUUCAGUAGGUGUUGUUUGUGGGAGAAGGGCAUGGAUGAACACAUGGAGGAUGGAUCAGCGGCUCCUGCAGGAGGAGGAAACAUUGAAACAUCAGAGGCCUCAGAAGGUUUGAGGAGAAGAGGGAACUCCCUCAAGAGGAAAAACAGUGCGUCUUCGUCCACCCCAUCUAAGCGCCUGGCCAAAGAUAGGUCUCCACUGCCUCCCUUACACAAUGGUGGUGUCAAAACCAGGCAGUCGCCCAUUAAAAUGGCUGCUGCCCAACAGAAGGCACCCAUUGUAUCACCCCCAUUUAAAAGUGAAGAUACCCAAAUGGUUACUCUAGCUGCUAAACCAGUGGUUGUUGGUGGAGAUUCAAAGCAGGAGGAUGAGAAAAUGGAUCAAGCAAUUGCUGCUGUAGCUAGCAUGGAGUUAAGUGAGGACGUGCUUAAAGAUGAGAAUGCCCACAUAGUGCCUACGCCUUCUGGUUGGUUUUCCUGGACAAGGAUACAUACCUUGGAGAAGCGAGUCUUAGCUUCAUUUUUUGAUGGGAAGUCUAAAACUCGGAACCCUGAUAUGUAUUUAGAAAUACGGAAUUCUAUCAUGAAACGAUACCACAGGAAUCCACAUAAACAAAUUGUUCUGACAGAUUUGUCUGAUAUAAUUUCAGAAGACAAUGAUGCAGUUCGUGAGAUCAUGGAUUUUUUGAACCACUGGGGCUUGAUAAAUUUUCGGCCUUUGCCAAGCUGCCAACAAGAUGGUCCUAUUGCCAAAGAAGAUUUAGAUUCUUCUACAGAGAACAUUAAAGAUGAAAUUGACAAAACUACAUCAGGAGCUUCAGUACUAGAAAAAAUGUAUAGUUUUGAAAAGGUCAGUUCCAGGUCCCGGAAGAAGACUUCUGCAGCUACUGCUUCUGUUUCAAUGCCGACCCCUGUUCUUACUGCAGCUGCAAUUCCAGAUGUUUUGGUUGGACCUCAAGGACCUGCAGUUGAAUAUCAUUGCAAUUCUUGUCAAGCUGAUUGCUCAACAAAACGUUACCACUGCCAGAAGCAGGCAGAUUUUGAUUUAUGUUCAGAGUGUUUCAGUGCCGAGAAGUUUGGAGCAGGCAUGGCAUCAACAGAUUUUAUACUUAUGGAACCUAUGACUGAGAGAGCAGGUGUUAGUGGUGGUAGUUGGACAGACCAGGAGACUUUGCUUCUUCUUGAAGCUUUAGAACUUUAUGGUGACAAUUGGAAUGAGAUUGCUGAACAUGUGGCUACAAAAUCCAAAGCUCAGUGUAUAUUACAUUUUAUAAGGCUUCCAAUUGAAGAUCCUUUUUUGGAGGAUAAGGACAUGCCCGACACAAUCAUCCAGGGCAGCCUAGAAACAGUUUCAGGAAACAGAGAUUUAACAAUUGCUGCUCCUCAGAACAAUUCAGAAAGCCCCAUUGCUAAAAGUUCUAGCAGUGAGGAGCUACCUGGGGUUUCUAAGAAUGAUGAUGCUAAGUCAAAACAGGUAGAUGAAGGUCAACCUUCUGAAAAGAUAGUUGAAAAUGAUGCAGUUAAAGCAGUGAUAGCUGCUUUCCAGGCUGUUGGUGUAUUAUCUGGAUCUGAGGAGUCACUGUCAUUUGCAGAAGCUGGAAACCCUGUUAUGGCGUUGGUGGCAUUUCUUGCUGCCAUGGUUGGACGAGAAUUAGCUGCGGCUUCAGCUCAAAGUGCAUUGAAGGCAAUUCAUGAUAAUACACCUGCCAUGCAGCUUGCUGCAAAGCAUUGUUUUAGGCUUGGAGAUCCUUUAGAUGAUAGCAAGGAUGAGAACACAAAUUCAAGGCCGGAUGCACAGGAACUGGAAAACGAAUCUGUGUCUCUGGAGCAUGGCAAAAGCCCAGAUGAGGAUCCCCCUAAGAAAGUAGAUGAAUCAGCUAUAUCGGAUGCACUAAAAGAAACAGAAACUUUGGAAACAUCAGCUUCCUUACAAGAGUCCCAAGUAGGACCUGGAAGUUCAAAUUCAACAAUGACAAAUGGGGAAAAUACAGGAAAAGUUGAUCCUGAACAAGCAUGUAGUGCAAGUGGAGAAAAGACUGAUAAAGUUGAUCUUGAACAAAUUUGUAGCCCAAAUGAAAAGAAAUAUCCCGAGGAUUCAAUUGAGGUUGAAGAUUCUCAUUCCAUGGACACAGAGAAAAAUGCAAAUGAGAAAAAAAGUCCUGAAGAUUUAGUAGUUGUGGAAGAUUCUCACUCUUUAGAUAAUCUGAAGUCAAAAACUGAGGAAAAAUGUGUUGAGGAUUCAACUGACGUGGAAGAUGCCGAUCACUUAGACAAGAUGAAGCGUGCUGCUAUUACUGUGCUUUCUGGAGCUGCAGUGAAGGCGAAACUUCUUGCAGACCAGGAGGAGGAACAUAUACAACAGCUUGUGACUGAAGUCAUCAAUAAUGAGUUGAAAAAAUUGGAUAUCAAAUUGAGACACUUUCGGGAGCUUGAGAGUGCACUUGGGAAGGCACGGGAGCAGAUUGAAAGGGAAAAACAUAGGUUGCUUAUGGAACAAGCAAAUCUUGUGGCUGCUCGUUUUGGUUUAUCCGCAGCACAACCAAGAUCCAGUUCCCUGCCUUCAGCAAUCGGCAAUUCACCUACAGUUGCAUUAAGCCGAUUUCCCUUGGGAGGGGGUUUGAGGUCUAUUGCAAAUACUAAUGCUGGGACAGCAAAGCCACCUUUAUUUACUUCCCCAGUGACCCAGAUUAGAAAUGUUGCUCCUCCACCAGUUCCAUCAUCUAGUGCACCUGCAACAAGUUCUGCUGCUGGAGGUACCAGUCAAACUUCAGACCCUCGAGAGGCUAUGCCACCACAGGGUGCAAAUUUACAUUCUGGGUUCCAGUGACAGUCUUAAUCAUGUGAAUUGCCUUCCAGUGAGAGUAUUUGCUGAAGGAAAUUUCAUAAUGAGUGAUGGUGUGGCAUGAUCGUAUUAUAUUGGAAGUACAAUCUGUACUGAAUAUAAUGCUGCUCUACACAUGAAUGGAUUUUAAGUAAUUAUUGAGCCUCACAUCUUUUCCAAUGCUAUAUUGCCUUGUUCCUGUAAUUCAACUCAAUUUCUCAUGAAUAUCUGCUUUCUAUUCCUGGGGAUUUACCAGUUGAUUAGAGCAUUAGAUAUUCUAAAUCUCUUGAUUGAAAUGUAUGUAUUUUGAGGAUACACAAAUAUUGUGAUAAGUGCAUGGUUACUGAGACGAAUGAAAGGAAUAGGUGAAGUUUUUUGAUUCUCCAGCAUUAUGGAAUAGUAAGUGUUGGCCAUUUAUACUUAGGACCGAGUUCCAGUAGGGAGCAAUAUGUAAAAAAAUGAAUCCUUUGAUAUGGUGGAGAUUUCAAGAGGGAGAUCAGAGACUGCAAUUACGUGUAACAUUAUUUAACAUUUUGUAGACAACAAGAACUGCUGUAACAAGGAUUGUUGAUGAUUUCCCAUUGUUAGGUUUAUUGGCUUAAUUUUCUCAGACCUUCUUUUGUAUAUGCAGCUGCAAUGACUCUUUGCACCUGGAAGUAGUCACUUAUAUGAAGGGUACCAUAACUAACCUGAACUCUCAGAGGGCUGCAGAGGGAUUGAUUUCCUUUUUGUCAGGUUCUUCUGCUGAUGGAUCUUGGGCCUAUUGGGUAUACCCAGCUCAAAUGCUAAUGAAAUUGGAAGUACUUUUAUCAUUUAUGGAUUAGAUAUUGGCAUGCACUUCAAGUAAUCAUAAGGUUUGUGUUUUUCUUGAUAUAAGUGCAUUCCUCUUGUCAUGAGAAAGAACGCAUAUUUGAUAAUGCUUCCCUAAAAAUACCAUGAUCAAGACUGUUGCAAAUACUCAACUCCCCUGUUCAUUGCAGAUGGGACAGAAGCUGAAAUUGCAUUUUCAUGAAUAAUUCCUCCAGCUGUCACAGAUUCAACUCUGUUGGCAAUGUUUAGCUUCGUGUAAUAAACUUAUUGGUACAGGUUACCAUAUUCAAAAGUACAAGCAAGUCUUGUAAUGAUUAUUACUAUUUAGUUGAUCUCAUAUUGUUUUUGUUA